ACCCACCACUCUAACUGACUCGUCAGUCUCUCAUUAUUUCAGCACUGCUCCCUCCCUCUCCCUCUAUACUUCAUCUCUUCGUGCUUGCUUGGGCCCGUCGCUCAUCGCAGAAUCGGAAUCCAUGGAGAUCAUGCCCCUUAAGUUCAUAGUUCCCUUCUCUUUAUUUCUCUAUCUGAUUUCAGCGUUGGCCCACGCUACGGACGUCAAAUACUGCGAUAAGAAAACCGAUUAUGGUGUUAAAGUCAAAGGAGUUGAGAUAUCUCCUAAUCCCAUUGCAAGAGGCCACCCUGCCACAUUCAGCAUAGCUGCUACCACUGAUAAAGCGAUAUCCGGAGGGAAACUGGUGAUCGAUGUUGCAUACUUUGGGUGGCACAUAUACAGUGAGACCCAUGAUCUUUGUGGAGAGACAACUUGCCCUGUUUCAGUCGGUGAUUUUGUGGUUGCUCAUACACAACUUUUACCUGGAUUCACUCCUCCUGGUUCUUACUCUUUAAACAUGAAGAUGUACGAUGGAAACAAAAAUGAGCUGACUUGUAUCCAAUUUGGAUUUACUAUUGGAUUUGUUUCCUCCGUGGCUGAUAUCUGAGUGAACCUCAGUACUGGUCCUGAAAUAUAUUGUCGGUUACAUACAAUAAACUAUUUGUAAAGACAACCCUUGCAAUAUCUGGAUCCCUGUAAUUUGUAAGAUGCUCAGACCUGACCAGCAGUUAGUGGUUUACAAACUAUCAUGUAUAUCGUACUCAGAGGAUGUAGUCGCGGUGUAAUGAUAUGUAUCCCUUCCUUCCUUCACACAUUUGGGACGUUGGGAGUCCAAAUAUUGUGUAGUGUGCUCUUGUGGAAGCAUGCAGAAGUUGGCGCUGAAUAUGAUGUACUCUGCUCUAUAAUCAUUAAGCGUAUCCAUAUCCAUACAUGAUGUUGAUACCUAUUCCU